AUGGCUGGCCAGAAGUACAAUCACAAGGAGGUCAAGGCCGCCGCAAGGCGCAGAGUCGAAGAUCCGGCUAAGCGUACCACCAGCAACUCGACUUCAUCACCUGUUCUUCGGGUCUCCGAUGAUGUCAGCGACUCGGACUCAGACUCGGUCCAAUCUCUUGGAGACUUUGAUCCCGUCGGAGACGGAUUGGACAUCAAUGGUGGCGCUGAUCUUUCUGAUAUUACCACACCACCCACUAGCCCUCUCAUCCAUGCACCAACACCUUUUGCAGCCGAUCGUUUGUUUGAAAGAAACACUGCUGGCAGAGCUCGUGGUCUCUCUGAGAAGUCUCUUGCGUUGCGUGUCGUUGACGACUUUGGAGUACAUGACGCUGGCCUCAAACGGACCCACCCUGAACUCCUUCGACACGGUCUUCACAUUUUCAUCGAUGCUUCCAACCAAAUUCUUGGCUUCUAUGACGCUCUCAAACAGCUGCUUGGCGUUCACAAGCACAAACCCUUGCCUCCUUGUAUCAGCAUGAGCGCAGUGCACGAGGUUUUGGCACGAAAACGCACCGUCGUCAAAAGCUACAUCGCCGGUUCCAAGAACCCUACACACAAGAGGCGGUCGAGGUAUUUCGACGACGCCGAGGCGCUUGGCUAUCGACCGCUGGUAAAGAACCGAGUCACAUUGCCCAAGGACGCGAAGUCCCAGAGAAGACACUACUACGAUGACGACUCUGAUGAUAUGGCAGGCUCGUACCAAGCGGAGGAAGGCGUGGACGAGAUGAUUCAGACGCAGAUGCACUACAGCGUGAUGGACGACAACCCCGGUGUCAUGGUCCUUGUGACCGGUGAUGGCAACCAGAACGAAACCGGAUUCUCCGACGGUUUCCCAGCCGACGUUAAGAGGGCUCUCAAACGUGGCUGGGCCGUCGAGAUUUAUGCCUUCAAGAACACCUGCGCCGGCAUCUGGACUAGCCCGGAAUUCGUCGAUAACGACCAAUGGGCUGGCCGUUACAGCGUCAACUAUCUCGAUGCAUACACUCAGGCGUUCUGCAACCCCGUCUACCGUCCCCAGUUGGAGAGUCUCGCCGCAGAGCACGCGUCUCGUCCCGGCCUUCGCUCUGUGCAGAGUUCUUUCAAGCGCAAAACUCACUGGACUGUAUCUCUUGGAAAAGAGGCUGUCAAUGAGUCGACGCUGAUAGUCAAGUCGGAGAAGUUUUCGGCUGCUCAGGCCAGCCCGCUCCAGGGCAAAUGGAGGAUACCUUCUCCUCAGAAGAAGGUGAAGAGCUUUGGAUCGGUGCUAAGCUACCGACCGGCCCCAUUGGACCAAUUCACAUCAAGUCGAUCGAGCAGCACUGUCGGUCACGAACAGCAGCUGCAAAUUUCCACAUCCAACGCCUUGGACGAGGUUGACUCCAUUGCCACCAGUAGCAUCACCGCUUUCCGAUGCGCGGCUUCUCUCAGGCCGGCAUCCGGGCUCGCGAAUGAUGCGUCUGGGUCGUUCCACAAGUCGAUUUCGCCUUUGGGCAUCAAGAUUUGA